AUGACGAUGACAGUGAUCGUCUCACUUGGUCGGAAAGUAAAUGGAUUAUUAAGACAGUCGUUACCUUUACCCCUCCCCCAGCAGGCUACCACCCUUCAACGGCCGGAGAAAUCAAGAGCACCUAGGUUUAUUGUCAUUAUUUGUUAUACGCAGUUCUUAGCGGGAUUUCUGACGGUGACUGAUCUAUUGAAGGCUCAUAUGAGACAUCCACAUGCAUCAGAGGUUAACAACAAAGAUAUCAUAUUUCAUUUUGUUUUGCGUCUCGUGUAUUGUCGAUCAGAAGAAUUGAAGAAAUGGUUUCUUUCAAUGGAAAGUACUCUUUUUAGCUACCGGUUUCGGAGUGUGAAUUCUGAUGUACAUUUGAAUAUAUGGGACAAUAAAAGUGCAGCAUGGCCUGUAGCAAACCCAAUUUUGUCUUGUGCUUCAGUUACUGGCUCUGGGUUCUCCAGUAUGGGGUUUGGUUUCUUGGCUACCUUGGCUGGAUUAACCUGGUUGUAUUUUGGCAUCAAGAAGAGAAAGCUUGGAACAGCUCCAGAUAUCCUAGCUAAAACGAAAGACGACCAGUACCGUUUCUGGCCAGCUGAAGGUUAUCCAUUCAGCCCGGGCAAAUGCUACCCGAGUGAACCUCCUCUCAUUAUAGAAUCAAAUAGGCCUGAUGAUCAGUGGCCAUCACAGGGAGAAGUUGAUAUACGUCAUCUGCAGGUUCGGUAUGCACCACAUAUGCCACUUGUGUUGCGAGGUCUUACGUGCACCUUUACUAGAGGAAAGAAAACUGGGAUUGUAGGAAGAACUGGUAGUGGCAAGUCAACUCUAAUACAAACACUCUUCCGUCUUGUGGAGCCUGCAGCUGGACAGAUUCUGAUAGAUGGGAUCAAUAUAUCGACAAUUAGACUUCAUGAUCUUCGUUCAACAUUGAGAAUAAUUCCCCAAGAUCCGACCAUGUUUGAAGGAACUAUCCGAAGUAACUUGGAUCCCCUUGAAGAGUACACAAAUGAUAAGAUUUGGGAGGCUCUUGAUAAGUGUCAACUUGGAGAAGAAGUGAGGAGUAAUGAAGGGAAGCUUAACUCACCAGUUACGAAGAAUGGAGAGAACUGGAGUGUGGGACAAAGACAGCCGGUGUGUCUCGGGCGUAUGUUACUUAAAAAGAGCAAAGUCUUGGUACUUGACGAAGCUACUGCAUCGCUAGAACUUGCAACUGAUGGAAUGAUUUAGCAAACACUCGCGAAGCACUUUACCGACUCAACUGUGAUAAUGAUCGCGCAUCGUAUGAGUAUCACCUUUGUGCUUGAUAGUGACAUGGUUUUGGUUCUAGAAUAAGGUCUGAUUGAAGAAUAUGAUUCUCCAACAAAGUUGCUGGAAGAUAAAUUAUCUUCAUUUGCAAAGCUUGUUGCCGAGUAUAGUAUGCGAUCCAGUUCCAGUUACGAAAACUUAGCAGCAACAUAAUGUGUUUGUAUCAAAGACCAUCUAAUCUUGAUUGCUCAAAUGGAAAUGUUGAUACCGGAAGCUAAUGGGCGUUUAUAGAUGCUAUAAGAACCUUGUUAUAUUUCCAUCAGUUUCUGAAUUUUUGAUGAUUGUAAGCAACUAGAUGGGUUGAAAGUAUGAAAUGGCCACCUCUAAGAAGAAACAGUUCUUAUCAGUUAUUUAAA